CAAAACCAAACACAAACAAGAAAACCCGACUCCUCAUCUCAUCUACUCUUCAUAUAGUGUCUCAUAAGAACAAGACUGCCCAAUUUAAUUUACAGAAACAACAAAGCAGAGACAGAGAGAGAGAGAGAGACAGGGGAGGGGGUGGGUGGAAGAGAGAGAGAGAGAGAGAGAGAGUUUCAUUUACAGAUUGACUGGAUAUUACCAAUAUGGGUGGUGGUGGUGGUAGAACGACGUCGAUGGCCGGAGGAGGAAGUGGAGCAGAGGAGCAGUAUGUAAGAGCGAAGACGUCGGUAUGGUGGGACAUAGAGAACUGCCAAGUUCCGAAAGCCUGCGAUCCACACGCGAUCGCACAGAACAUAAGCUCCGCGUUGGUCAAGAUGAACUACUCCGGUCCCGUUUCCAUUUCUGCCUACGGCGAUACUCUCCGUAUUCCUGCCUCCGUCCAACAGGCCCUAUCCAGCACCGGAAUCGCUCUCAAUCACGUCCCGGCAGGUGUUAAAGAUGCCAGUGAUAAGAAGAUUCUUGUGGAUAUGCUGUUUUGGGCAGUGGAUAAUCCUGCUCCUGCAAAUUAUCUGCUGAUUUCUGGUGAUCGUGACUUUUCCAACGCACUCCAUCAGUUGCGUAUGAGGAGAUAUAAUAUUCUUUUAGCACAACCACAAAAUGCAUCUGCCCCGCUUCUUGCUGCAGCAAAAAGUGUCUGGCUCUGGACAAGUCUUUUGGCUGGAGGACCGCCGCUUUCAAAUGGUGAAUCAUUGCAGUCUGCUUGUAGCAAUGGUUUAACAAACUCUGACUUCUUACAAAGACCAACAACUGACCCUGGACAGAUAAACCACUUUGUCGAUCCUAUUUCUGAUAGCUCAACACCUGGAAGUCAAAAAAUCUUCACCAACGAAAGGAUUGGUGAUAAUAAAAAUAAAGGGAGAUCAAUUCGGAAAAAUCCAAGUCUAUCCAACGUGUCAAGAACUUCAAGUGUGCCAGUUGGUAUUCCAGGGGGUCAAACCAAUGGAACCGCUACCCAACCUGGGUAUGCACAAUCAAAGCAGUUCAAGGAAGCACCUCACGAAUUCUUUGGUGCUCACAGGGCUAAAGCCCCCUUAAGUGGGCCUAUUCCCACAUAUGUUCCAGGCAAUCCUGAUCCUUCCUGGAACAAUGGAAUGAACUUCCCUAGCAAUUAUCAGCAUCAGUUUCCACAGCCAGUUAGGCCCGUCAAUAUCCCAAUGCAACGUUCUUUCCCUCCGGGUAAUCUGUUUGCUCCGAAUUCUCAUAACUAUCAAUCUCCUCAAGUGCCUCCUACCUUUACCUCUGUUCAGCCUACAAACGUCCUUGAUAUCGGUAAACUGAAUAUUUCUGAACAAUCUAGCAGUGUUCACAAUCCGAGUACUUUUCAACAACGAAAUGUGGGGGAGCCCAAACCAAAUUCUGUUAUGGAAUCUUCAAACCCUGCAGGUUUAAAUGUUCACAACACCCCACCAUUUUACCAUGACCAAUUGAACAAUAGGUAUCCUUCUCGUGGACCGGAGUUCCCUCCCCCGUCUUCCUCUCCAAUGUGUAGUAACCCUGUACCCAGUAAUGGUGUUUGGGGAGCCCCAGGAUGCCCACAGCCUUCUGAGUAUAUCCAAGGCCUUAUAGGGGUUGUAUUACUUGCCUUGAACACCUUAAAAAAUGAUAAGAUGACACCGACUGAAGCAAACAUUACCGAUUGUAUUCGUUAUGGAGAUCCCAAGCACCGAAAUACGGAUGUUAGGAAGGCCCUGGACUAUGCCAUUGACCAGCAAAUGGUAGUGAAACAAAUUGUAGGUGCAUCACAGUAUUAUGUGGGUAAGAAUGAGAAACUUUGGAAGUGCGUGAACCCUAUAGGCGGUAAUCCUAACCAUUAUCCAAAAACGAUAUGGGAUGGAAUUCAAAAAUUUCUGGCUUCCUCAGUUGGGCGCUCUGCUAUGAUGGCUUCUCAAUGCAGGUAUGAAGCAGCUAUUGUCCUAAGGAAAUUGUGUUUGAAAGAUCUUGUUCUUGGUGAUAUACUCAAGAUUUUGAAUAUGCUUACAGAGAGUAAGAAGUGGAUUGUCCCUCAUCAGUCGGGCUGGCAGCCAAUUACUAUUACUGUUGCAGAGACUGAUGCCGAUGUAGGUACUAAAUCUAGUGCUUGAUUUCAGAGAGGCACAGUCGUGGUGGAGGGUGCCUUUACGUUAGUAGUAGAUACUAUCAUGAUGGAUAAAAGGAGGGUCUCCUACCGGUAAUGAUUGUGGAUAAGUUUCUUCUUGUUGUAGUUAUUACAGAAGUUGGACGAAGCAGCCAGGGAUUCUAUUUUCUUCCUCUAUUUUAGUUUUGAUUCUUGGUGGAGUUCUGUGCUGGUAUCAGUAGGAAAAUGGAAGGUGUAGUACUUGGAAGUGCUGCAUACAUUACAGAAAUAACAACCCGUAUGAAUCAUUGCUGCGGUAGGUAGCUUUAUGAGAUUAUGAGGGUUUCUUCUAUUAUGAGUUCGAUUAAAUCUUGUGCCUCAGUUUGUGGUUCAUUGAUCGGCCUUUAUCAUCGUCUUCAUUAAGUGGAGUUGGUUUACACCAUCACAGAGGAAGUUCAAUGCCAGCAGUAUAAACCUUCAGGCUUCAAGCGAGUUGGUUCAAAAUGGUCUAGUCUCAACAUUUAACCUAUCGAAACAGGGUAAUCGGGAUGAUGGCAUGCUCCUGAUUCCAUCUUUAAAAGCUCUUGGAUCUAGUUCUAUUGGUAGUGGUUCAGAACUUCCAGUUCCUGGUGAAGAUUAGUUCAGUUUGUGUCAACUUUCUCGACGGGAGGUUUGAAAGUUUACUUUUGCCAAAUUAAGAAACUCAUGACCGAAGAACAAAAGGCCAAUUAUGUGAUCUAUUGUGGAAGUCUCAAAAUAAAGUUUGCAAUAGAAAGAACAACAUUUUAAGUGUGUUUGGGAGCCUCUUAAGUGUGCAACAGAGUAUAUAUGAGGAAGAGCAUAUGUAUGUGAUUGGUAUUGUGUUAGUGAAGGCACCAAUUGGGAGCUGAUUUACUGGCAAGAAAAAUUUACACCUUUUUCAUGUUAAUUUUAGUGGACUGCAGUUGAUUAUCAACUUGGAAACUGUCGUGUAGCAUCUAUAUAUGAUGCAGUAGUGUAGCAUCUGUAUACGGGCGCAGUUAAGUCAUUGAAAACGAUGAAGUAGUGGAUACUGGUUUAGAUGCUAAAGCAUUCCUCCUUUUAAGUUUAAUCUUGGUAUUUGGUGAGAGGUUUAUUUCUUUGAUGCUUGUUAUAUCAUCUGAAAACCAGAAACUGUGUAGUGGAUACUGUUUUUGAGGCUGAAGCAUUUCUUCUUCAAGUUUAAUGUUGGUAUUGAAGUUUAUUUCUUUAA